UAAGUCCAUGUCCCCAACCAGUCCACGGUCCACACCUGCACACAUUCCCUUCUGACAUAUAAACAUUCUCUGCUGCGGAUUUGUUCGCUUGCUGCGAGGCUCUUCCGGUGGCUGGCACUUAGCACAACCACUCCAACGAUCUCACACAUCUCUGGUCCAAGAAUUCCCAUGCAGCAUCUGUCAAAUAAACAAUAGAGAGAGAGAGAGACGACAACAGAGCAACAAGAAAAGAGAGGGGAAGAGAGAGAAGACAACAGAGAAAAAAGAAAAGAGAGGCGGGAAACAACAAGAGGAGAGAGGGAGAGGGAGAAGAAAGUAACAAGAGGAGGGAAACAGCAAGUAAGCCAUUUUAGCUCUCAUCCCUUUGGUUGGUCAGUUUAGGUUUUGUUCUCUCUCUAAUUUCUGCUGGGGCCUUUUCCUUGAGAAGACAAAAUUAAAAUUUGCUCUUUAGGGGACCAAGCAACAGCAGCACCAUCAUCACUUCUCUCUCUAGAUUACUGCAAUCCUUUCUCUCUCUCAAAAAACCGCAAUGAUCGACUUUACCACACCCUCCUCUUCCUUUGAUGAUCCCUGCUGCCGCCUUUACCUUUCUUCUUUGCCUCCCCUUUUCCCUUUAUUCCCUGCCUAGCUGCUUUGCUUGCUGCUAACAAAUGCUUUCCAUUGCCGCUAGCUAGCUCUCCAACCCCUAGCCCCCUACUACUGCAUCUCUCCUUCAGGUUCAGCCAUAGCAGCACUACGUGCAGGCGCGGCAGCGAGGGAGCAGGUACUGGAAGGAACGCCAUGAAGGAGUUCUCGUACGAGGAGGUGGAGGCGGCCACGGGCGGAUUCGCGGCCAAGAACCUCGUGGGGAAGGGCAGCCACGGCAGCGUCUACAAGGCCAGGCUGCGGGGAGACGGCAGCAGGACGGCCGUCGUCGCCGUUAAGCGGCCGUCCCACGCGCAGGGGGAGGCGAAGCUCGCAAACGAGAUCGCCGUGCUCUCCGCAGCGCCGCGCCACCCGGGCGUCGUCGCCUUCGUCGGGGUCGUGGUCCGGCCGGCGCCGGCGGCCGUGGAUGAGGGGGUGAAGAGGGCGGCGGCGGCGCCUCCGCCGCCGCUGCUCGUCAUGGAGUACGUGCCCAACGGGUCGCUGCACGACCUGCUGCACCGGGCGCCGAGGCCGCCGCCGUGGCCGCGGCGCGUGGAGAUCGCGCUGGACGUGGCGCGCGCCGUGCAGGCGCUGCACGCCGCGGCGCCGCGCGUCAUCAUCCACCGGGACGUCAAGUCCGCCAACGUCCUGCUCGGCCGCGACGGCCGCGCCCGGCUCUCGGACUUCAGCCUCGCCGUUAGGGUCGCCGUUACCGCUCUCAGUAAGGAGGGCGGCGACGCCGGCGACGACGAAGGCUCGGCGGGGCCGGCGCCGGCGGGCACGAUCGGGUACCUGGACCCGUGCUACACGGAGCCGGAGCGGCUGGGCCCGGAGAGCGACGUGUUCAGCUUCGGCGUGGUGCUCCUGGAGCUCGUGAGCGGGCGCAAGGUGAUGGACGUGAACGCGUGCCCGUCGUCCAUCGUCGCCUGGGCCGCGCCGCUGAUCGCCGCGGGGCGGGCGCGGGAGGUGCUCGACGCCAGGGUGGCCGCGCCGCCCACCGCGCGGGUCGAGGGCGCCGUCGCCCGCGUCCUGGCCCUGGCGGCGCGGUGCGUGUCGGAGAGCGUGGAGCGGCGGCCGGCCAUGGCCGAGGUGGUGUCCGAGCUGCACGGCGCCCUCGAGAGCGCCGGGUGGCACCGCCGCCGCCGGGGCGGCGUGGUCCAGCGGGCGUGCAGGCGCGUCGCGUCCUGGGGGCAGCGCGUGAGGUGGAGCAAGAGGGUGAGGGCGACCAAGGUCGAGUGCACCGAGCACUCCGACAGCGGCGUCGCGCUCGAUCGCGAGGGCUCGCCGUGCGCUCUGCCAUCGCAUCCAAACAACGACACGAGCGGCGGCGCGCUCAAAUGAGCCGCUGGUCCCUCGAAAACCAAACCAAAUUUCGGUUUCAAUUCGAGACGAAUUCAAUCUCGUUGUCAUUACUUAGGUGCUAAAUCAUCGAUGUUUUACUGUUAUCAUCAAAAGACUUACUGUCUGUCAGAGCAGUUACGAGAUUAAUCUAACGACUCAUCGUUCAGCUUGUGCAA